AGGAGGUGUCUCCUCCGGCUGCGGUCGCGAGAGGCGGCGGGGGAUGCGGCGGCCGGACUCUCGGCGGAUCCCGAGCCCUGCACACCCGGUAGCCAGCCCGGGAGGGUCGUGAGGAGGAGGCGGCUUGGGGCUCAAGUUGGAAAAUAUUUAACUCUCAACAAAUGAAUUCCACGCUUGAACUCAGCCGCAUUCCUGUGCCACCUCCUCCUUUAGAAAACUGAUCUUAAGACAGAUAACAGAAGACUAGAGGAAGAUGCUGGGGUCCGAGCGAGCUGUGGUGGAAGAGUGGCUGUCGGAGUUCAAGGCAUUACCUGACACUCAGAUCACCAAUUACGCAGCAACUUUACACCGGAAAAAAACCCUUGUACCAGCACUCUAUAAAGUCAUUCAAGAUUCGAACAAUGAGCUCCUGGAGCCGGUCUGCCACCAGCUGUUUGAGCUCUAUCGUAGCUCCGAGGUCCGGCUCAAGAGGUUCACACUGCAGUUCCUGCCGGAGCUGAUGUGGGUUUAUUUGCGCCUUACAGUCAGCAGAGAGAGGCAGAGUAACGGCUGCAUUGAAGCUCUUCUCCUGGGGAUUUACAAUCUGGAAAUUGCGGAUAAGGACGGAAACAAUAAAGUGCUGUCUUUCACCAUCCCCUCCUUGUCCAAGCCCUCCAUAUACCACGAGCCCUCAACAAUUGGAUCCAUGGCUUUGACAGAAGGGGCAUUAUGUCAGCAUGAUCUCAUCAGGGUUGUUUACAGUGAACUUCAUCCUCAGAGAGAGACCUUCACUGCGCAAAACCGGUUCGAGGUCCUGAGCUUCCUCAUGCUGUGCUAUAACUCAGCUAUUGUGUACAUGCCGGCCUCGUCCUACCAGUCCCUGUGUCAGAUGGGCUCCAGGGUUUGUGUGAGCGGCUUUCCUCGGCAGAAUGAGAAGCAGUGGAAGGAAGUCUGCGGUCGGAUAGUGCUGGAUCCCGAGUUCAUGGUGCAGCUUCUCACUGGCGUGUACUAUGCCAUGUACAAUGGACAGUGGGACCUGGGCCAGGAAGUUCUUGAUGACAUCAUUUAUAGAGCCCAGCUAGAACUCUUUUCGCAGCCGCUCCUGGUCGCCAAUGCCAUGAAAAACUCGUUACCAUUUGAUGCUCCUGAUUCUUCUCAAGAAGGUCAGAAAGUCCUAAAAGUGGAGGUCACCCCGACAGUGCCGAGGAUCUCUCGGACUGCCAUCACAACAGCUUCAAUCCGGCGUCAUCGGUGGAGGAGAGAAGAUGGCUUUGACUUCUCAAACGAGGCUGACUCGAGUAUUCCCGGCUCCCCGAUCCAACACGGCUCCACUGACCUAGGGAUCAUACGUGUGCGAGAGGGGGAGGUGCGCAGGACCCCUGAGCAUGGCUCGCCGGAGCCCACCUCGGCAGCAGCCACCACAGAGGAUGCUGAGGCUCUCAAUGGCGGCGAGGACUCUGUAAACGUGAAUGAUGCAGACGAGGGAUUCUCAUCAGGGGCUUCGCUCAGCAGCCAGCCACAUGGGACCAAAGCGACGUCCUCGUCUCAGAGGGGAGGAAGCUUACGGAAAGUAGCCGCGGGGCGAUCCGCCAAAGAUAAGGAAACCGCGGCUGCCGUCAAAUCCAGUGAGAGCCCUCGCGAUUCCGUAGUUCGCAGGCAGUUUGUACAGCCAGCCGAUCUUAGUUUAGAUUCAGUGGAGCUGACGCCAAUGAAGAAACACCUGAGCCUGCCUGCCGGCCAGGUGGUGCCAAAAACCAAUAGCUUAAGUCUAAUUCGGACAGCCAGCGCUUCCUCGAGUAAAUCGUUUGACUAUGUAAACGGCAGUCAAGCCGGUACCAGCGUCGGGGUCGGCACUGAGGGGGUGACUAACCUAGCAGCCACAAAUGCCAAUCGAUACUCAGCCAUCAGCCUCCAGGAAGACCGGCUAGGGCAUGCUGGUGAAGGCAAAGAGCUCCUCAGCCCAGGAGCCCCCCUAACAAAGCAGUCCCGAUCCCCGAGUUUCAAUAUGCAGCUAAUAUCCCAGGUGUAGUUCUGAUGACCCCCCAUUCCGCUUCCCUUUUAAACUGAACAUUUCAUUAUGCAAGACCCUUCAUCCCACAUUGUGAAGAAAUGUCCUUGUACUCAGAUCUGAUUUAGCGUAGGUAUCUUCAUACUGUGUUUUGUAUGGAAACAGCAAUAAGGUUUUCUCUCCCCUUUCAUUUUUCUCCACCUAUUCCUUGUAAAUGUGUUUGUGAAGCUGUGUAAAAUGUUUGCCUUUUCCACGCCUUCCUUUCUCCUUGGGUAACGUGCAAUCUGUCGUAGGCUGAUCGGGACUGAGGAGGUGAUAGAGGAAAUGGUGUAUGAUCCCUAUGAAGUGAUCCUUGGGCUUUUGUUUUAAAACAAAACGGGUUUGUUCACAUAAUCUAUGGAACUAUGAAGAUAACUGGAUCAUAUUUUUUUUUCUCUCUUAACCAGGAGUGCCUCAGAGAUUCUGCUAUGACUUUGGACUUCUCUGAGUCUGUGCAAUUUUAUAGUCUUGAGAAGCAUGGGGAAGGUGGUAGACCACUGCAGUGUUUCAUUAGAUGAGACUAGCUGCCCCCUUCCCUUGAUCCCAAGAUCAUAAUGUGUAGUUAUUGAGGCAUUUAGUCAACUUGUGAGCACCUCCACCGGAGGGUGGGGCUCUGAGUUGACUGUAUAACUAAUAAUGCACUUUCUCAAUGGCUCUGCAGUCAUCGGCAUGUCUUCCCUCUUCCCACUCGGACUUAGGGACAUUUCUGCCCUUAAAGUUUGAACUAACAAAUCAGAGACUCCAAGGGGCAUGUUCUAUUUCCUGGGAAUGAUUGACACUUUGGUGCUGGGGUUUCGUGGGGGGAAGGGUGCUUUGUUUGGUUUGUGUGAGAGUGUAUGUGAGGUGAGGUUUUAACUGUUUCCUUCUUUUCCUUUGUGAGCUGAUGAUGACUGAAGUAGGAACCGUGCGUCUUCAGGUAAAGAGGGGGAUUUCUCGGUCCACUUUCUGUGACGUCAGGCUAUCGGAGAAUCCCUUUCAGCUGCUUCCCAGAUGUACCUAAAUUCAGUCAGAUAGUGGAUAAAGAAGCCUAAAGUCCUGAGAUGGUAUGCUCCGAGGACAUACAUCAGGACAGAUAAUUGGCUGAGAACACUGCUGCUUCAAUGUGACACAUUUUUAUAGAACAUUUCUACCAGAGGGUACUGACCUGAUUUCUCCACAAGGACCACACUGCCUUUGUGUUUAAUGCAAUUUGUGUAUCUUCUGAUUAUCUGCAAAGUUUCUCGUUUUUAUAAAACUUUGAAAUCACGCCAGUAAGCUCGAUGUUGAAUGUAUGUAAGUAGCAUUUGGUGACUGCUAAGAGGCUACAAAAAUGCAUUAUUGGUUCAGUUCUUUUGUUGUGAUUUGGUUGGGAAAGACUUUCUUAUAAUCUCUUCUGGGUCUCAGGCUUUGUUUGAAAAAGAAGGGAAUGUAUUGGGAUUUUGAAAAUCAGUGUUGUGUCUUCACCUGCUGUCCAUCUCCAAACCGUGAGUUACACACACCCUUGUACAUGUAGACAUUCUAUGUAUUAUUGUGAAAGAAAAAUAUACUGCCUUUAUUGAAAGCAAGUGUUCUCUUAAUUGACAAAGUUGUUUUAUCUCUAUUUAUGGUAGAAUUUGAUAAAUUAACCAGGAAAACGCCUCUCAAUUUUUUCGCACGUAAACCACCACGGCUUUUGGAAGAGUCGUCUGUCUGUGUGUCUGACUGUCCAGGGGGCCUCAUGUUAGACUAUCCUUGAUUGGAUCUGAUGGUCUACAAAAUGGAAAACUAGAACCUCAGCGAUUAUUCACAUCAUUGCCAAAAUUUGAGGAAAAACUAAAAGCUGAAACAUGAUUGAUUGAUUUUUACAAUAUGAUAUGAUAUGAUAUGAUAUGCAGCUAUCACAGGCACAUUUCAGUCCUGUUUCUACUCAUUUCACUGAUGUUGAGUAAACUGGAAAAUUAUAAAGCAGUGGAAACUGGAGAAGUCAACUCUUUAUAACAUACUAAACAGAAGAGGUUUCUAGUGCAUGAAGGAUGGUGUCUGUACAGCAACACGCGUGUCGGAGGUGUCGGUCGCUGUGCAGCAGCACGCGUGUGGAAGGUGUCCAUCACUGUACGACAGCACGCAUGUAAAAAGUGUCCAUCACUGUACGGCAGCACGCGUGUGGAAAAUGUCGGCCACUGUACAGCAACACGCGUGUCGGAGGUGUCGGUCGCUGUACGGCAGCACACGUAUGGAAGGUGUCGGCCGCUGUACGGCAGCACGCGUGUGGGAGGUGUCAGUCGCUGUACGGCAGCAGCACCUGGUUAUGGAAGAGGCUGUGGGCUCAAGUACACAUCAUCUUAGUGUUGGCAUCUGAGUCAGCAUUUCAGCUAAAGCACAAAAGAUGUGAAAUCAUAGCAUAAGCCGUAGUAAACACAAGAAAAUGUCUUUUAAUUAGAAAUGUCAUAACUUUAAUGUUGGUUUUAAGAUACUUUCUGAGUGUGUGGUGGCACACACCCUUAGUCCCAGCCCUCUGUGUUCAAGGUCACCCUGGUCUAGGGAGUGAGUUCCAGGACAGCCAGGGCUACACAGAGAAACCCUGUCUUACAAAACCAAAAGGAGAAAAGUCCAUCCUACGAGACUUUCAUUUAUUGCUAUGUAUAUUUUGCAUAUACAUAUAUAUGACCCUGUAACAUUUGAAUCCUGUUCUCUGAGCUGUGAUUCAGUCUCGGUAAAAAAAAAAAAAAAAAAAAAUCCCUCAUUUACACUUUAUAGCCAUGGUCUUAGGUAAUAGUUCAAAUGAAAUAAGUUAAACCGUCCAGUUUUCUAAGACUCUUUCUAACUGCUGUGUGUUUCCAGCAUCUGAUUUAAAAUGGUUUUUGUUCAGUUAUACAGCACCUGUUACACGUCAGCCAGAAGUGUCCAUUCUCUAUCCUUAACUUCCCAUUGCUGCUUCUCGGCU